CUACAACAACCUAAAUUUGUCCUGCAGAAGCUCUCAACGCCUGUCUGAUUCCUCCUCGGCAUCCAGGCGUUGCACAGGUUUCCUUAAACGCAAAAGCCAUGGCUGGAAAAGUUGUGCUUCACUAUUUCAAUGGGAGAGGGAGAAUGGAGUCAAUCCGCUGGCUCCUGGCGGCUGCAGAGGUGGAGUUUGAUGAGGUGUUUCUGACCACCCGAGAGCAGUAUGAGAAACUCCUGAGUGAUGGAGCGCUCAUGUUUCAACAGGUCCCUUUGGUGGAAAUAGAUGGUAUGAAGCUGGUUCAGACAAAGGCCAUCCUGAAUUACAUCGCAGAGAAAUACAAUCUCCACGGGAAGGAUCUCAAAGACCGUGUCAUGAUCAACAUGUACACAGAGGCUCUGAUUGAUCUCAUGGAGAUGAUCAUGAUUCUGCCCUUCACUCCAGACCCCAACUCAAAACUGGACAACAUUCAGAAUAAAGCAAAAGAGCGCUACCUUCCUGUGUUUGAAAAGACGCUGUCUGGACCCCCACACCUGGUGGGAGGUAAACUGACCAUUGCAGACGUGCUGCUGCUCGAAUGCACCUUGAUGCUGGAGGAGCAGUUUCCAACAAUUCUGUCCAAGUUCCCCAACAUCAAGGCCUUCCAGGGGAGGAUGAAAUCUAUCCCUGCCAUCAGCAAGUUUCUGCAGCCUGGCAGCAAGAGGAAGCCGCCUCCAGACGACGUCUACAAGAAGACCAUCAUGGAAGUGUUCCAGUUUAAGUGAUCACUUACAUGACCUCAGCAAAAGCCUGACACAUUCCUGACACAGGUGAUGCGUGGUUCCACUAUGUUUGUUGGUUUAUGUUGAGGUACCGACUGUGAAGUCCAAUUAUAAAUGAAGAAUAAAUGUUUGUCACUUUCAUGAAGUUGCACAAAUUUUCAUGAAUCUGUUUAAUAAAAUUACAAACAUGUUGGAUUUAA